ACAUACAUGGCUAAUGUGAAUGUUGUUGCGGCGCACGAAGUAGAGAGUCGUCACGGUUGCUGUACGCGACUAUGGUCGUUUGCUCCAGUGGUCGCUGCUCACAGCUUAUAGCUCACCAAAUAAAAUCAUUCGUUAACGUUUCAGUAGGACAUGAGCAGUCCUUCGGUUGAUGCCAAAUUUUGAACGAAAGUGUACGUACCACAAAGAAACAACAUAAGUGACCUCCUAAAAGUGUUUAACACAUAAAAAAUAUAUGUAACAUAUAUCAUUUAAAUAUUAAUAUAAAUCAUCUUUAAAUCGUUAAAAACACAAAAACAAAAGCAAACAAAUAUAUAUAUUUAUUUCAUAAUAAGGAGAAGAAAAGUUAGUGAAAGCAAGAAAAUAAGAGAGAUUGUGAUUUCAAGCGAACGAACAGACUAAGUCUAUUUCAUUUAUAUAUAUAUAGUUAAAAGGUGAAAAGAAAAACAGCAAAAAGGAGCAGUUUAUUCAUAACAACCACAUUUGCAUGUCUUCACGAACGGUUUGUGCAGAAAAUGGAAUAAGAAACUACAUGAGCAGCGCGAUAAAUGUAAAAGUGAGGUGGGCCCAUUAUCAUGGCAUGCAAUGUACAACCACAACAACAGCAACAGCAGCAAGGCGAACAGCACAACUCAUUAAGGCAACAAUGUAUUAGGCCACAGCAAGAGCAACAACAACAAGCACAAUCAUCAUCACUGCAAGAAGACCAUCAAGAGCAAGAACAAUCUCAGCGAGAGCAACCACAACAGCAGCAGCAAGCAAUAGAGCAGCACCAAGCUACGGCAGAAUGGCAGCAAUUGCCGCAGCAGCAGGAACAAGAGUCGGCGAUGCAAUGGCAACAGCAGCAACAACAACAGCCAAGUACCAGCUGGCGUUGCUCGUUGCAAGCAACAAUUAAUUGGUUGCAUCGUCCGACUACAAGCGUCACGUUGAUGUUGCAAUUGCUGUUGUUGCUAUCGAUAAAUACAGCGGCACGUGGCGAAGGCAAUGUCGGUUGCCAAUUUGUGCGAACACUUUGCCUUCAGGGUAGCGAGGUCUGUUUUGAUGAUAACAUCUUUGGAAAAUGCAUACCGACAACUGGCGUAGAUGUGGAGGACAUUGAAAAGACACCCCUCACUGAGGAGCAAUCUCGUACACUCGCCACAAUGUUGGAGGAGUUGCAGGGUGCCGGACUCGGAUGGGAUCACCCAUACGUACAAUGUCGCAUACAAGGAACACUCUACUCACUGCAGAAACAGACCCAACUACCACCGAAUCUUUGCGCAAACUUGGCACCCACACCUACCGAUAUCGACCCUGCCGGCGCUAUGGCUUUCGUACGCUUCACACCACCCGAACAGGAAUAUGUGGAUGCAGGAUAUUUCUAUCCGCCACUGAAAAAGCAACAGAGACCGCAACAACGGCUUGAAGAUGGCAAUAGCAUCAAUACCAUUUUGCAUGAGUUGCAGCUGCAGGACCAACGCCAAUUGCGACACGAUCCGCUAGAACUGGCAUAUUUCGAAAAAUCGGAUGCACAAGAGCCAUCACAACUCACACCAAAUAUAAUGGAGACCUAUUUGGAGAACGAACGUGCACGAAUACAACGCGAACAACUGGAGCAAGCAGCAGAGUUGGAGGCGGCACAGGAAAAUGCAAUGCGUAAUCGUUUAGAACUCUAUCAGAUGUUGGCAGCCUCAGAACCGGAUCCGCAGCCGUAUCAACGUAAACCGAGUAGCGCAAUUGAAAAACUAGAACAAGUUGUGGAGCGCGAACGUGAGGCAGCGGCGCGUAUACCACCGUCUACACAACAUCAGCCAGUUAUUGUACCGGAUGAGUUGUCGAAUGAUUCCAACGAAUUGUAUUUUCCUAAACGUUUCAGCUCUUUCAAACGUGUUUCAAGCAAAGCGACGGUCAAGGCUAAAGCUAAGCCGGUGCAACGUUCAUUCUUUCGUGAAUUGGCCGCAGAGCAAGGUUCGCCACAGGAACCGUUAUUGAAUAAUGAUUUCAAUGCAAAUGCGAUCGAUGAAACAGACCAAAUGUUGUUGCCAACCUACAAACGAACAACUGCUAAUGAUUUCGCCAACGAGUCCGAACGCAAGCAAUUGGCUUUCGAGGAAAGUCUCAUUCGCAACUCUUUGACACCGUUCGAAGAGGAAGCGAUGCUUUCCUCGAAUACUUAUGCGCGUAAUGCACAAAAACCGCGACCAGUCUUUACGGAGGGUGGACUCGUCUAUGUGUCCGAGGAUGAGGAGGAGGUACGCAAAGCCAAAGCACGUGAAUUACUUGAAAGCAUGUUUGGAUUCACACGACACGAACGUUUGGAUGUGAAGAAACCGGGUCCAUUAAUCGGACCUCCGCCAAAUGCUGUGGAAUCAAAGGAUACGCAAAAUAAAACCGAAGCUGUUAACGCUGGCAAUAAGGAAGUGCUGCCGGCACAUAUUAAAGGCAGUAAAGAGGGCAGUAAGAAGAAGAAAGUACUGAAGGAUCACUCCGAUGAAGAUCAUGCUCCGCACACAGUCGACACCGAAUAUGCGCAUGUGUUCGUCAAGAACCCUAUCGAUAGCUGGAGUGACGGUGUGCGGAUCAUGAACGAAUUGGCCAAUAUACUACAUAUGCAAGGAUACUUUACCUAUUUAACCGUUCAACCGCACGAAGUCUCUUUCCGGGUGGACUCAAACAACCCGGAGCACAAAACCGCCGCUGACAUAGCGCGCGCCAUCAACGACAAUCGCGGCGUAAAAAAUAACAUACUACGACGCCUGGGCUUCACCGUACUACACGCGGGUGUUGGCGAUAAGAUCAAAGACGAUACAGAUGGCGUUUCGUCAUCGCGCAUUGAGCUCGCCGAACAAGGACCCGAUGUAACGCAUAUAAUGGCAUAUAUGUUCGCCGGUGCCGGCGCUGCUGCUGUGAUUGUGAUUUUCAUAACACUCAUAUUGAUAAAGCGACAUGACAAGAAACGCGACAAGUUGGGUGGUUUGCAAUCGGGCGUCGGCGGCGCAGAGAGUUGCAGCAAAGACUAUCAGGAUCUGUGCCGUGCACGUAUGGCUGGCAAAGGAAGUGCUCCCGAACCGGUGGCAAGUGGUCGCAUAACAUCACUAAGCAAAGAAAACGAUCGACCGCCAUCGUCCCGCUCCAGCACUUCAUCGUGGAGUGAGGAACCGGCACUAACGAAUAUGGAUAUCUCUACUGGGCAUAUGGUUUUGUCUUACAUGGAGGAUCAUUUGCGUAAUAAGGGCCGCCUUCAACGGGAAUGGGAGGCUUUGUGCCGUUAUGAAGCUGAGCCGAGUGCACGCGAUGCCGCACAACAACCGCAGUGCGCUAAUUUGAACAGACCAAGUGCUCCAUUACCCUAUGAUCACUCGCGUGUGGUACUCAAUCACUUGGCCAACGCUGAAGGUUUAGAUUACAUCAAUGCUUCGACCAUUACCGAUCACGAUCCACGCGCACCGGCCUAUGUCGCCGCUCAAGGACCAUUACCAACGACCCUGGCACAUUUCUGGCAAAUGAUUUGGGAACAAGGUGCUGUUGUUAUUGUUUCGCUGUGUCGCUUACAAGAGAAUGGUGAAAUUGCUUGUGCACGCUAUUGGCCGGAAGAGGGUGCCGAGGUUUAUCACAUCUACGAGGUUCACUUGGUCAGCGAGCACAUUUGGUGUGAUGAUUACUUAGUACGCUCUUUCUACUUGAAAAAUUUGCGGACCAGCGAAACACGAACAGUGACACAAUUCCAUUUCCUCUCUUGGCCACAAGGUGGGGUACCGGCGCAAGCUAAGGCCUUAUUGGACUUCCGAAGAAAAGUGAACAAGUCCUAUCGCGGCCGCUCCUGUCCCAUUGUGGUGCAUGGCAGCGCCGGCGCCGGUCGCACUGGCGCCUACAUACUGCUCGAUCUCGUGUUGGGACGCAUGAAUAAGGGAGCACGUGAAAUCGAUAUCGCCGCCACAUUGGAACACUUGCGCGAUCAACGUGCUGGCCUCGUUGCCACACGGCAACAAUUCGAGUUCGUGUUAAUGGCAGUAGCCGAAGAGGUGCAUGCAAUUCUGAAAGCGCUACCGGCAAAUCAAUCGAAUGAGAAACGUGAAUUGGAGGCCAAAGAACCGACAACAGGCACACUGAUGGAGGAGGAAACGGGCAGUGAAGAGAUUGUGGCAACAACAUCCAAAGCGACGAAAGAGAGCGCUGUCAAGCCAACAACAGCGGCAGCAACAGCACCAACAGCUGGCGCAAAAGAGAAGGGCGAACAACAGCAGCAAAAGAAUGGCAGUGGUGAAAAAGAUCGCGAAAAGGGCGGCAAAGCAGAGCUUAAGGAGUCAAAGGCAGCACCAGCAACGCCAGCAAAAACGGCAACAACAACAGCAGCGGUAAAGAAAAAGUAAACGCGCUAAACGGCGGCGGUUGUGUGUGUUGAGGACCGCGCGCAUAUUGCAAGCGCGGCGGAGUGGUUGUUUAUUUAUGCUAAUUUUGUUUUGACACUGAGAAGUGUGUUAAUUACUUUGAAGGCAGCGAUUAUAAUGUUAUGGUUUAUAUGUAUACUAAAAGUUAGUAUUAUACUUUUCGUUAGUACAGUUAAUUUACUGGUGCGUAGUAUGCUGGCGUGUUCGAAACGGGCUAAAUUUGGUUGGCUAGAAGCGAGCUUUUUUUUUUCUUUUGAUACAUCUUUAAAGCUAUCGAUUGUUUUUUUUUUUUAAUUCUACAUAAAAUACAAUUAUAUUGUUAAAUUGUUUCCGUAAAUUGUGCGCAAAACAAGUUAUUUGCCAAUUAAAUUAAAUUUAAUUAAUAAUAAAAGUAUACACACGCAACACUUGAGUUCAGCAUGUCGCGCAGACGCUUUAUUUUGCUUUCCGAUUAAUGCGUCGCCGCUUCAACAAAUCAUUACAAUCCAGCCCAUUGAAGCGGUACGUCUUAUGCAAGUAAAUGGCGCAUGCGUGGCAGCCACACUGAACAAUACACACACAUAAACUCACUUAAAUAUAUAUACAAGCUUAAUUAAAGACAUAAUAAAAUGCGUUUAGAUUUAGACCGCAAACAACCAACCAUAAACAAUUAUUUAUUAAAUAUUAAGCAAAUACAAAUAUUGUUAAACAUAUGUAAAAUUAUCAUACAAUUACAAAAAAUUAUAAAUGUUUAUUUGCGAAAUGGAAGAAAAAAAAAAACAAACUCAAAAUGAAUAAUUAAUUAUAUAUAUAUAUCUGAGUAUAUGCUAUUGAGCAAAAAAUAACUGUAUUAUUGAUGUGCAUGAUCAACUAUUUGAAAUAACCGCAUAUAUAUGUACAACAAAUGCACUAACAACUACAAAAACAGUUUUUUGCACCCUACAUCCCUUGUAUCAACAACACCACUGCAAACUUCAAUUCAUUUCCGUAAGCAAAUAAUUUUAAUGAGUAUUUAUACACAAAAAUUCUUUUAAAUGUUAACUCUAACUACAAUAACAACAUACAUGUCUACGUGUUAUUUGUAAAUUUCUAACAAAAAAAAACAUUUUUUUUGUGAUGUGCAAAAUAUUUGAAAAACUAUACACAUGCACCUAAAAGGUAUUUACUACAAAUAUAUAUAUGUUUCAAUGUCUUCUCAAUACGAUAAAUACAUUAAUACAUAUAACAAAUGUCAUACAUAUAUCAGUGUAAUGUGUACCUUACUACAUACAAAAACAAAUAUCAAAACUAUUCAAAUAUUUAUGUGCAAAAACAAAUAUUUACAAUGUAUUAACUUUAAACGCAUAUUUACAUAUACUUAAAGAAAUCUUAUAUAUGCAUAUAAAUAUAUAUUUACAAAACACUCCAAUAUUAUGUAUGUAUAAUUGAAAAUACCACAUCAGAUGCAUUCCGAGCUAAAGUUGUUAUGUGAAAUAUAUUUUUACUUUAAUUAUUUAUGUGUAUAUACAUAUAUGUACAUAUUUUAACUAAAUAUAUAACUAACUUAAAAUACUUUUGAUGUAAUGGAAGCUUUCAAGCACAAAAGCAAAAUCAUAGCUAACUGUAAAAUCACAAAUUAGCACAAGAGCUUAUAAUAAAGAAAAACACAUACAAUUUUACAAGCCAACAAGUGAAAGCUUUUAUCAAAAAUUUAUUACAAGAAAAAAAUUUAACAAGUUUAACGUUACAAGCACUAGCUUUAUAUGUAACUUGAUAAGUAAAUGUGAGCACUUGAUUUUGUGAAUUUUAGCAAAAACUGUGUUAGCUUUCACAUAUAUUUUGCGAGCUUUCACUGGAAGCAUCAUGCUUUCACAGAAAAAAGUAAGUUUGCACUGUUAGCACACCAAAAAAAGUUUACGUGCAAAAAAAUUAAGCUUUCACUAACAACUUGGAGCUUUCACACGCAAAUUGUAGCAUGCGCACUCAAUAUUGAAGCCUUCGCACGUAAAUUAGAACUUUCGCACGCAAAGUUUUACAUUAAUCUGCAGCUAUCGCAUGCAAGUUAGAGCUUUCACACGCAAGUUGAAGCUUUCACUUAAACAAUAAAAGCUUUUACACGCAUAUUGGAGCUUUCACUAACAUUUUUAAAGCUUCAAGGAAAACAUGUUGAGCUUUCACGCAUUAAAUAGAGCGUUCGCCACCCAUAAUGUGCUUUCAUUUGUUAAAAGAAAAAAACAACUUAAAACUUUUAAAUAUUUAUAGUAUGAAUGUUGAUUUAUUAUGUACACCUGCGUCGUGCUUAAAAGCUUAACCACUUAUGUGUAAAUGAUUUCUGUGUUUCCAUAUAUAAUAUAAUAUAUAAAUAUACUUUACACAUAUACAUGGAAUAGGUGCACAUACUGGCAUAACACGUCAAAUCACGAACUCUUUAAUGAAAAAUCAAGAACCACCAUUUUCGGAAGCUACGUUGCACACACAAACACCCUUCAAAAUUUCAUUAUUUGCAAAAUUUCUAUAUAAUACAAUUUUACUUAACUUUUCUACGAGGGCAGCUAAAAAUUGUAGAAUUUUGCAAAUUCGUUAUUUUGAAGUGCUUAAAAAGCAUUGAAGCACAAGCUUUUAUUAUUGAAAAAAGCACAAUGAAAAAAAACUAAUAUGAAAUAUAAAAAAUGCACAAAAGCAAACAAGAGCUUAGAGCAAACUUGUUGCAUAGAAAUGCAAUUUAAAAUAUUACAAAAAAAUAUUUGAAAUAUUAUAACGCAAAAAUAAAAAAUGUCACUUUUUAAAGCACAAUUUGUUAGAAUCACUAAAGAUCUAAUACUUACCAGUACCACUAUGUCAAUUGAGAACACACAACAUUAUAAUUGUUAGUGAUUUUCAUUGGCAUAGAUUGGCAUGGAAAUGAGAUUUCGUAUGUAUGUGAAAGCUUUCAGCAAGCUUUCAUAUUUCCGCAAAAGAAAAAUGUUAAAGCGCACAAUAGAAAGUAACUAAAAAGUGAAAUGAAGUGUGAAGAAAAAAGAAUUGCUAUGAAAGCACAAAAAGCUUUUGGACAGUUAUUUUAAAGUUCAUGAAUUUGGAGGCAAUGUUAAGAUUACAAAGUCUUAAAACGCACACAAUUUUUUUAGAAAAUACGAAAACAGCAGUCAUACAUAGCAAAAGUAACACGAGAUAAACACUUUCAUCAACGACAAUGAUAAGCAAACUAAUGUUAAAAAUUUAAUAUAUUUUUAAAAGUUUCUAUACAUAAAUGGACAUCUAACACAUACCCAUUUUUGAUAAAGGAUAGUAUAUUCAAUUACUACUAUUUUAUAGUUUUAAAUGCAAAUAUUUCAAAAAAAAGUUAAUUUUCGUCAGUUUUGUUUCAUUUAUUACAUAUUUGUUCGUGCAAAUUUUGGUUUUUGACGCUUAUUUUAGAAAAAUGACAUUCAUAACGCUACAUUUUUAGUAAUAUUUUACAUAUGGUACAAAUGUAUUUGCGCUUAGCGUCUUCGCGGAAUUUGGUUAAUAAGACCACCAUAUAUUUUAAGACGCGCAUAACUUGUGUUUGAGGCUUCAAGCGAAGUAAAAGUAAUUUUUUUAGAUUGUGUACAGUUAUUUUUCAAUAGUUUUGGAACACAUAGAAACAAAUGUAAUACAAUCAUCUUAUACUUCCAUAUAAAUCUCUCAGUAACACACAUAACAAUGGUACAAAAUACAAUACACCUCAUACACUGCACAACCGAAGUUGCUGUCGCUGGCUAUGAAAACUUGCGGAAUGUGCAGAGUUUUGCAAGUUUAAAGCUUUGCUGACAGCAAAUACCACAACACAACGCAAAUCAUAUACACAAAUAUUUAAAACAAAAAAAAAAAUUUAAGCAAGAAAUUGAAGAAGUCAAAAACUAGAAUAAAUGAAGAAAACAAGUUUAUAAAAAAAAAGUAAUGAGUGGUAGAGACAAAAUGACGGCGUAAUGUUGUUUGAAGGCUAAUAAUUAUGAAAUAGUACAAAACACAACAAGAAAAAUUGUUUAAAAUUAAUUAAAGGAAAGGCACACCAACAGUGUGUAAAAAAGGAAAAUUUGUUAACAAAAAAUAUAUGAUUUUUUUUUUUAUUAUGAACAGUUAUAUUCAAUACGACCUUUAACAGUUCAAGUUAAAUUGGCAAGUUGGAGAUAAAAUUAAAUUCAGUUCCGCGCAAAUACAACUAAGACAACAAAAAAAUAGUGAAAUUGAAAUAGUGAAAUUUCAGUGAAAAUCAGAAAAGUGUUUUAAAUUUUUUUUUUUCCAAAGUUCUAGGCAUACAUACAAUAUUUACAUACAGAUAUAGCAAAAUUUAUGUAUUUUCAAUAAUUUUAAAACCACAAAAUUGCAGUUUUCAUUGAAAACAUGAACAAUGUAUGAAAACACUGAAAUGGAAAUUUCAUGAAAUACACAGAAAUUACUAAAUAAAGUGAAAUUUCACAAAAAAUAAAAUCACAUCGUGGCAUAACAUUUAUAAAUAUGCAGCAUAGUUGAAGAAUACGCAUAAAAAAAAACUAAAAAAAUUUAAUUAUUAAAAAGUUGAAAAAUUCUCACGUUAAAAUAAAAUUUAAAUAAAUUAUUCAAAUGUUAUGCUAUCAAUGGCGACAUAAAGUAAAAUGUAGUUUGCAUACUAGUCAAAACUAAUAAAUAUAUAUUAACGUUCUCGAAAAUUGUUACUAAUCAUUAGCACAAAAGUUAAAAGAAUUAAAUAUAAAUAUAACUAUAUACAAAUAUAUACAGGUAAAAAGUUCGUUAAAUUUAUGCGCAAAAACAUGUUUGAAAACAGAAUUUAAAAAUCAUGCAUAACUAUAUAUAUAUAUAAUUGAAAAAAAAUACAUAUAUAUAUAUAUAUACUAUAGAGAACUUACGCUCUACUAAGCUUAAGCAUUAACUGACUUAAACUUACUUUUCUUAAGUUGUAAAGCAUUUUUGAGUUCUCACUUGUUUCAGUUUGAGUUUUUUUUUUGCGAGAAACUCAAACAACAAAAACAUUACACUUGAAAACACAAUUAAAAGCAAAACUACACAAGUUUUUUCGCAAACAAACUAUUUAUAUAAAACAAUAUUACAAUAACUGUGGCGAUCUCGAAACACCAUCACCAACUGAGAUCCCAAAAAAUAAUUAAUUAAUUAAUUAAUAAAAAAAGAAAAAUGUGGUAGAAAUAAAAUUAAGUUAUUUCAAUAAAAGGAAAAAACAUUAAAUAUAUAAAGAUACUGCAAACAUACAUAUAUGCUAUGUAAUGCAAAAUAUUCAGCGUUUAUAGCAAGCAUCAAAACAAAAAAACAGAAUUUUCACAAAAUUUCAAUGUCGUUUCAUGAAACGUUGAAAGUUCAUAAAUUGUAAAAAAUUAAAUUCUCAAACAAAAUAUAUAUAAAAAAUAUCAAAAGCAUAUUUAGUAGUGAAAUCAGCAGAAUUUUUCAAAACAUGCAUUAAUAAACAUAAACAUGAAAAAUAUAAAAAAUAAAAAUUUAUAUAUGUAAAUAUGCAUAAAAAUGUUAAAUACAUAUAUACAGUAUAUAUAUAUAAUUCAAAAGUAUACGUACAUAAGUUUCAUCAAUUCAAUUGAUUGUUGUAAUUAUUAACAAUUAAUAAUGCUGUAAUUCAGACAUAAUUCGCGAAAUGAAAGCGAAGUUCGAUUUUUGAGCGCCAAAACUGCAAGCAAGAAAAAAAAGCAUAUAUUUAGUAGCAAGAAGAAAGUCAAAUAAAACUCAAAACUAUUGAGCAUAAUAGUAACAUAAUUAAUUAAUUAAUAUUUACAUACAUACACAAACAUAACCAUACUUUGCAUUACAAAACAAAAAAAAUUUACAAAAAGUAAUGCACAAGCUUUUAUGUUCUAAUUUUGAGAUUUCUUUUAAGCUGCAUACAUUUUCAUGAUGGUGUAAAUUUAAAACAAAGCAUAUAUAUACCUAAAAUACAGCAAAUUAUAAACACUGAAAGAAUUUUAAAAUUAAAAACUUGUGCGAAUAAAAAGCUUAUGAAUGCGCUAAAUCUUUUCCAAGCUUUUUUGAAACUUUAUCGAAACUUAUAAAGCGCAAACCAACUGAGCUUUCCAUAAAUAAAAGAGCAGUAAAUGAGAA